UGACAUGUCUAGUCUAUUGUCAAAGCAGAAGGGUAUGCUGCCGAUAAAAGAGCUGGCGGCGGCGAUGACCUUCCUCAUCCCCCCAAAUUAUUCACUGACCAGACCUACAUAACUGUGGCAUUUUGCUGUGGCGAACCAGUGUGAGCUCAUUUCUAGUACGAAAGGGGAAGGUCGACAUUGAAGAAAAUCAGGAGUUUGAAUCGGAAAGAAGAACAAGAUCUGAUGCAGGAAAUUGCUGUCCACCCUCCCCGUACAUACAUCGACGAGACUCAGGACGAUACAUCUAUGCACGCUACAUCGGACUCAAGCGAUUGCUCCUUCAAUGACACCGCCUCAGACAGCAAAUCGUUAUCUCGUCAUUCUUUCACUAGCUACACUCUCAUCAAGCGAAAGCCUGAAGCUCUUCCUAGAAAUAUGGAAAGACUACAAUCUCGCAAGAUGCAGCACCACUUUACCCAGGCUUACAUCCCCACCAAGACCUCCAAACUGCUCUCAGCUGCGUCAAUGACGCCCAAUGAUUCUACGGGGCUCAUCAAGACUCAACUCAACAUCACCAAUGAUGAUCUUCCGACCGCAUUAUCCCCACCAUCUGGUCACCCCACGAAGCACAAGGUCCAUGUACCCAAUGAAGCCCAUGACGAUCUUCACAGUCUUACAUACUCUACAUCCGCUUCUUCUAGCAGUGUCAAGACACCCUCACCUUCGAACGGAGAACCCAAACGCACAGAAUCGACGGUUGAUGUCGAGGAAGGCACCGAUAUUCACAUGGCCUCCUGUCUCUCCCAGACCCCAGUUCGCGCUACUGCCACUGAUGCCAAUGUGUCACCAAACUCAACCCCAUUUCCACUCCUUCCCGUAGUCGAUUCCACUGGGCUGCCUGCCCUCCCAAUCGAGCAUGUUGAACCAUCCACAGAAUGCAUUGCACUCGACAGCCCCUUUACCGCAUGCGAGAUUGAUGGCAGACACGUGUCCCUGUCGUCCAGUCUGGUUCCAUCGCUUCCCUUCUUGCACUCAAAACUGCUAUACGAUUGUCACUCAGCAACGGAUGGAACCAACUUACCUGCGAACAACAGCAUUUCAUCUCUCACAUCUAUAUUUCCCACUCCCUUCUUGAUUUCAAAUACUCCUUCUAUGACCCCCCCAUCGUACGGAGUCGCCCUCAAUGCACAUCCUUUGGCAUUCCCCAGCUUACCUGAGCAGGUGCCUUGUGCUGAGCAGCCGGUCUCCACGUUCUCAGGACCAUCCCUCAGUACCACUACGUACUGUGGGUUUGCCGCGGAACCAUUAUGGUCUGGACCUUUCAACUGGGAGCCGCUUAGCAUACCAUCUGACUACGCAUCUUUCGUCACCAACGAUGCCAUCCGUGAUGGCGAGGGUCACCUUCCGCAACCGCAAUGGAUUAGCCAUUCCGAUCGCAUUGACGUAGAAAUGGCAGAUGUUGAAGCCGUGGUGGAGUUCACAAUGAUACCGGACCAAUGCUUCGGGAAUCCUUCUGCGUCUGGGCCCUUCCCUGGCUUUCCUACUCAGGUCCCUGCCACCACUGCGGCACAAUAUGCCUGUACCUAUGAGCCUCCAGCUGCAAUUUCCGCAUUUAGCGGAGUUUCAACAGCUUUGCCCGCAGUUGGCCCUAGCUCUGAUGGAUUCUCCACGAUUGCCAUCGAAUCUAUCGAUUCUCAGUCUGCAUUUGACUCUACCGCAUGUCAUUUCCCUGGAGAUGCCGGAUCAGCUAUCCAGUCUGUGUUUGAUCCUAGCUCGCGAUGGUCUUCCAGCAUUUUUGAACCACAUUCGGCUACGUUUUCAACGUCCAUUCCAGAACAAUUUACUUCUGGUUCUGGAUCCACAUACUCCUAUUCUAAUCGUUGUGAGAUACCCUCAGCGGAGCAACACGUUUACGAGAAUGAUACUCGUGAACGAGACAUACAAAGGACCUCCUGGAAGGCCAACAAUCUUCACACUAUCUUUGAGAACGAGGAGUACGCUCAAAACGCAACUGCACAACCCAAGGUCGACGUCCACGAACCCGCUGCCUCUCUGUCUGUUUCCGUCUCCAAGGAAGUGAUCCACCAAGAGACCGUCGUGCAGUCAGUCGGUCACGAUAACGGCGCCACUGCCCCAGUCCACCGUCAACCUCAGUACAUCGCCCCGUCAGCCCGUGAUAGUAAAGAAACCCAGCCAGAUGACGAUGCUAAAACUGAACCAGACGACGAUACCAAAACUGAGCCAGACGAUGACGCCAAGACCGAGCCGGACGACGGGAUCGAUGAGAAGGAUGUGAACGCUGAAAUACUUGCUCACGCUAUCCUCGACAUCCCACUCCCGCCAGCAGUAGUCGCAAGCGUACAACUCCUCGGUCAACGAAAACGCAGGAACUCGUGUUGCAGUGCAGGCAUCACCCGCAUGCGCGCAAAGAGAAGGCAGAUGAAUACUGACGAGAACGAGGAAGAUGGGAAUGGCGGCAUUCGUGCACAGCGGACGCGAUUUAAUCAUUUAUCCAGACCGUCACCUUACGGUUCGAUGGGGCGGCGGCGCAAAGGUCACGUAAAGACAUUUGAGAAAUGGGGCGACAAUCCUUUGGGCGGCCCUCAUUCGGAGGCCAGUGUUCCGUCUGGUGCAAUAGUCCAAACAUCAGGAGUUGAGCCAGCCGACAAUUCCCAGUCGCGGUCUCCAUUCGAUCCAUCGAUCCGUAACUCAUCCAAUUUGCACGGUCUAGAUAGGACCACCCCAGCUCGGGGCAUCCAGCGUCACACUAGUAUUCCCACAUCCCCCACACCCUCACGACGUCAGUUGCGAGACAACGAUUCUCAUUCUAAGACCUCCAAAGAGCUUCCCGACAGGGAGAGAAUCGUGAAACAGACUCGAUUCAAAAGCUGUGUCGAACAGAUCAGAGAGUCUGCGCAACCCUCACCACCGCCAGCAAACCCAACAUCAGAUAGAAGGAGACCGGCGACCCUGCGUCGGAUUACUGGGUAUGGGAGCGCGGGUCGUCAGCACUGGGUCCAUCAUCCCACUAACGGCGGUGUGCAAGUGCGUACGGGCAAGGAGGAUGUAACGCGGCCGGCGAGACGACCGCGUGUUGUAUCAGAUACUCACAACACGGGCCCCUUACGUAGUUUCACGCUUGCAGUGGCAUCUUAGAGCUGCGCAAGGACGCCGUCCGUAACCCUCGCUGGAGUGGUUGUAUUCAUAGACGACUUGUAUUUAUGUCUACAUACAUUUAGUUAUCAUAUACUUAAUUUUGCAAUGAGCCUCG